GGCAAAGAUAGAAAAACAUUACCUAAGAGAAAAUUUAGGCCUCUCAUUUUUCUUUUCUGCGAGUAUGGAAAAAUAAUAUCCGGGCAGUGGGUUUUUCCAUAAACCUUUCAUGUUUGGUUGACCAAACUUGGGAAGGGGCGGUACGGGGAAGAGAGACAGAGGGGAGGAACCAGAACCAGAACCAGAACCAGUAAGAGAAUAAAACUUCUCUCUUCCCUGAGAUAACCCAGAAACCUUACUGAAUCGUGUUCUUCCCUUCCCAAACAUUUCCAUUCCACCAUCGUGUUCUUAUGAUUUGAUAACAAUGAUUUGCUUUUCAUGUUGCGGAUCACCAGCCCAAAAAAUUGAGGAAGAGCAGCAAAAUCAAACGGUGGGAACCCAAACCCCCAGUACAUCUGCUAAUGGGCUAUCAAUAGCUAGUAGAACAUCAUAUACAUCAUCAUUAAGGGCCUCUUUGAGGGCUAGCAUCAAAGAACUCUUAGUAGUCAAAUCCAAAUUCUCUUUCGCAAACAUAUCAUUCAAAACAGACAGCAGCAAGCACAGAUACAUUCACGACGAGAUAGCCAAAUAUGGCAAGGGGAACAUUACUUCCAAGAUCUUCAACUUCCGGGAGCUAAGUAUUGCAACUAACAACUUUACACCCGAGAAUUUACUCGGUGAGGGUGGUUUUGGUAGGGUUCACAAGGGAUACAUAGACAGCUUAAAGCAGGUUGUAGCAGUAAAACAGCUAGACAGAAAUGGAUUUCAAGGGAACAGAGAAUUCCUAGUGGAAGUAUUGAUGUUGAGCCUUCUUCAUAAUCAAUACCUUGUGAAUUUGGUAGGAUAUUGUGCUGAAGGCCCUAAAAGGCUUUUAGUGUACGAGUACAUGGAAAAAGGAUCCCUCGAGGAUCACCUUCUUGAAUUGAAACCAAAGCAAAAGCCCCUAAAUUGGCAGACCAGAAUGAAGAUAGCAGAGGGGGCAGCAAGAGGUCUGGAGUACCUCCAUGAAAUUGCCAACCCACCAGUCAUUUACAGGGAUUUCAAAGCAUCAAAUAUACUUCUAGAUGAGAAUUUCAACCCGAAGCUCUCAGAUUUUGGCCUAGCUAAGUUGGGGCCCACAGGGAAUGAGACACACGUGAGUACAAGGGUCAUGGGAACAUAUGGUUACUGCGCCCCAGAGUACGCAUCAACAGGCCAGCUAACAACAAAGUCUGAUGUCUACAGCUUUGGGGUUGUGUUCCUAGAGAUCAUCUCAGGCAGGCGAGUUAUCGACACUCAUAGACCAAGUGAAGAGCAAAAUCUAGUAGUUUGGGCACAACCGUUGUUCAGAGACAAGAGUAAGUUCCACUUAAUGGCUGACCCUUUACUUGAGGGUGACUUUUCCAUGAAGAGUCUCUACCAGGCACUAGGAAUCGCAGCUAUGUGCUUGCAAGAAGAAGCUAGCACACGCCCUUUUAUAGGUGACGUGGUUAUUGCCCUUGAAUACUUAUCUUCAGAAAAAACUGUUAAGUUGGCAGAUAAUGAAGAGGAAGGAGAAGACGAUGAUGAUGAUGAUGAUGAUGAUGAUGAAGAAGAAGAAGAAGCAUCAGACUGGGAAGAGAGUGACCAACCAAACAAUGGCACAGUUAAAGAAGGAAAAGAAAGCUGACACAAUGGCAUCCUCGCGUGCUAGAUGUUCGAGUGUUAAUUUUCCAUUAAUUGAGUAUAUCAAUAUGUUUUGGGCCAAACAUAUUAGUUCUUCAUGAUUGUUACAUAUCUUUCUUUUCUAAAAUGAUGAACUAGUGGGCACUCCAUCCAUACCUGUGCUUGGACUAGCCUUUCAAAUCUCAUUUUCCCUCAAGGCUAAACUGGGAUCAGAUUAUUUUACCAAGUUGUUAGAUGUGCUUGAAAUGUGAAAGACCUUAUUGAGUUACUUCAAAUCAAAGAGCUUUUAACCUUUGGCUUUGUUCA